AUGGCGGCCCAAACUUUAGCAUUACAACGUUAUUGUGGUAAAAUUUUAGCCGAUUACAUGAAAAUGCUAUGUCGUGAUGGUUUUAAUGCAAAACCACUAAAACGUAACCAUUUAUUGGCUAAUACAAAUGAGUUUGAUUAUAAUAGUUUGGCAAAUGACAUCAUAAGUUUAAAUAUGUCAGACUCUUCAAAGUCGUUACAAAAUCCAGGCUCAACAGCAUAUUCAACGUAUUCUAUGAAGAUUUCUCAAACACCAAAACACGCCCUCAAUCGUAUAUUGUCUAAACUAUACAACAGUUGGAUGUUGACUCAAACUCAACGCAGUCGUCAACGUCGUGCUCCUAAUCCUGGUGGUAUAUAUUAUGAGUGUUGCCUCAAGGGCUGCGCUACCACAGAGAUGAUUGCUUAUUGCCUUGACUAA